UAUAAGUUUAACUCUUGUGCACAAAAAUUGAAUCAUCACUUUCACUCCUGAUACUUGUUAUAUAAUGACGAUAGCGGCAUUAUUACAUGUGAGAUCCACAAAAAAAGUUGAUUGAAUUAAUAUAGUAGAGAUAAUGGAGAGUAACAGUAGAAGUAGUAGUAAUAAUGAGGAUAUGAGUUUGCCGAUUGCAAAUGUGGGAAGAAUAAUGAAGCAAGUGGUGCCAGGAAGUGGAAAGAUCUCAAAAGAAGGGAAGCAGUUAAUGCAAGAGUGCGUGACAGAGUUCAUAAGCUUUGUGACGGGUGAGGCCUCUGCCAAGUGUCACAAGGAGAAUCGAAAGACCGUUAACGGCGACGACAUCUGCUGGGCGCUUUCUUCCUUAGGGUUUGACAACUACGCCGAGGCCAUCUCCAGGUACUUGUAUAAAUACCGCCUUGCUCACACUCACAGGGAACAAAACCUUCUUUCCAACAAUAACAACAACAAAGAACAUUCUAGAGUUUAGGGUUUAGGCUUCUGGACUCUAAUUCUAUUAAGUUACAAGGUGAUGACGAUCUAUGAUUAUGUACUCUACCAUUUUCUGAUUUUGUUGGAUACUUUGAUCUAUAGGAAACUUAAUUUGGAAUUGUCCUAUACAUAUCUACU